AUGGACGACAAGGAUCAGUCCCAAUCCAAACCAGAGAUCCAAUAUUGGAGCACAAUCUCCAGGGUCCAUCAGAUCAUGUCCCGAUCUGUGCGGAUCUUGAUAUCAGUCCCGAACUGCCCAGAUCCGGAUAUUCUCUGGGACCUUGUGGCUGUUCCUGUUGCAGCCCCAGCUACCAAGGAAGGCGUUGAAGCUUUAGCCGAUGCUAUCGUGACAGUGUUCUCGGACACAUGGCUUGCCCAUUUGACCGAGUCCAAACCUACCAAGCGCUCCAAGUCCUGGUGGAUGGAUGAGUGCUCGGACACAUUCGGAGUGUAUCAGCUGAGCUGCUCGCUGGCUGAUUACAACAAGUUCAAGAAGGUGUGUAAGAACACCAAGUGUGAUUUCUUCAAUGAACACAUCGCAGAGAUCGCUACUUCUCGCAAGCACCCGUGGGACCUGAUGGAGUGGGUCAAACAGCGCAAGCUACCCCCCUGUGAGGCUAUUCGCAACGGCGACCAGCCUUGUCAUGAUAUGGACGACCUCUGGGACACCCUUCACAGCACGUACAACUCAGCCUCGGGUUGUGAGUACAAUGCCUCAGUCUUAGACAAGCUUCCCGAUGAGCCGGUCCAUGAGUGGGCUGACUUCUUGGAGCAUGAGUUGUUGAGUGCUCUUACAGGGUGCUCCAACUCCUCUGCACCAGGACCAGACCAUGUUACAUGGGUCCACCUAAAGGAGUUGCUUAAGGACAAACACAUCCUUGCACUCUUCAUCAUGUUGGCCAAUGCUUGCCUCCGGGUGGGACAUUGGCCGUGUAUAUUCAAGGAGCUGCUAUUGGUCAUUGUUCUGAAGCUGAACAAGCCCUCCUAUGCAGUCCCAAAGGCCUUCCUGCCUAUCGUACUCCUCAUCACUUUUGGUAAACUUAUUGAGAAGAUGAUUGCCAACAGGAUACAGUUUGACGCUGUCAAACAUGAUAUCUUUCAUCCAAACCAGCUGGGCGGUAUCUGCCAGAGGUCAACUGAGGAUGCUGGAUUGAUUUUGACUCAUCUUGUGCGAGCAGGAUGGGUUAAGGGUCUCCAGACUAGCACGCUAGCUUUUGACAUCAUGCAGUUCUUUCCUUCUAUCAACCAUGAAAUGUUCAUGGCCGUUUUGCGCAAGCAAGGGUUUUCGCCGGUCUUGGUGGAUUUCUUUGCCUCUUACCUCAUUGGUUGUUCCACAGUUUAUUGCUGA